UCACAAUCAUAAAUGAAAGGAAAAAACAACUUGUCUUGGCUUGCAACUAUUUCUUAGGGAAGUUAAGCCAGUGUGUGGUGUGAGACUGUAAUCAUUCUCCUUUCUCACUGGAUGUGUUUUCUUCCUGUUUUAGAACAGAAAUAUGGCAUCUAGAGGUGACAAUGUCUUUCAGCUUUUUAUCCCUGAAAGAGGUGAAAGAGUUAAGAUUAACUCGAGAUAUACUCUCACUGUGUCAUGUCACUUGUCUCCUGCAAUCAGUGCUGUUGACAUGGAGGUUACUUGGUAUGGUGGGACGUCUUGUGUUUGCACAUAUAAAAACAGAGAGAUGACACAGGGUGUUGACUAUGAGGGCAGAGCCAGUCUGUUCAUUCAUGACCUGAUGAAAGGGAAUGUGUCUUUAAGAGUGACAAACUUCAGAGAGUCUGAUCUGGGAGUUUACAUGUGCCAGGUCACCAGUCAAUAUACAACACAACAGAUAUCAGUAAAUGUAGCAGAAGAAGUCUCUGCCAUUUUCAAGAACCAGUGCUUCUUUACAGUGGAUUGCAAAGGGGAAACAAGCAAUGAGUUAUCAAACCAAUCUGCAUAUCACGGUGAUUCAGACCAUCAGCUUGAGGAUUACAAGAUGGGAAACACAAGAUACAAGUUAUCGAUCCGCUAUGCAUAUCGCAGUGCUUCAGGGAAGGAUCAACAUAAGUCAGCUGUCUCUACUUUGGUGCGAGACCAUGUGCAGUCGCACACUUGGCACAGCCCUUGGGACGGUGCUGGUUACAAGGGAGAAACCUACAACGAAUUAUCAUCCCAGGACAUCACAUCUCAUCUAAGCCAUCCAGGCAACAAGCAGUCUGGGGAUAACUGUCAGGGAACGGAGGAAUCAGAGACAGCAGACAGAGAUAACUUUCAGCUUGUUGCUCCCAGUACAGCAGAAGAACCAGAGGUUUCUUUUGGGUCUGAUUUCAUUAUUCCAUGUUACUUGUCUCCUGGAAUCAGUGCUCUCGAUAUGGAGAUCAGGUGGUCUAAGGGUACAGCCAGUGUUUGCCUGUAUAAGGACAGACAGCUGACCGAAGGAGUUUGGUUCAAGGACAGAGUGUGUCUGUUCAUGACGCACAACUUCAGAAAAGGAAAUGUGUCCUUACAUCUGAAAAACUUCAUGUUGUCAGAUGUUGGAAUUUACCAUUGUCAGGUCAUCAGUAAAGACAGAAGUAAGGAGAUAAAUGUAAGAGUAAGGAUAAAUCCUGCUGUUGAACCUGUGAGUCAGUCACCAAUUCAAGAUGGAAAUGUUCCGUUAAUGCUACAUGAGGAUAAAACGAAAAGAGAACCAUCCAACGAAUUAACAAGGCACACUUCUCAUCACAGCGAAUUAGAUAAGAAACAACAUGGGAAUUACAGGAUGGGCAUCUCAAGCAAUGAUGAUUUUCAACUUGUCAUUCCACAAACAAAUCAAGAAGCAACAAUUUCUAUGGGAUCUGAAUUCUUUGUUCCUUGUUACUUGUCUCCUGAAAUCUGUGCCAUUGCCAUGCAGAUCAAAUGGUUUAAGGAUACAGAUUGUGUUUGCGUAUACAAGAAGUGUCACAUGAUUGAGGGGAGGGCUUACAAAGACAGAGUGAGUCUCGUCACUCACGAGCUGGAUAGAGGAAAUGUGUCCUUACAUCUAAGUAACUUCAGUGUCUCAGAUGUUGGAGAUUACCAUUGUCAGGUCAUCAGCAGAGGCAGAACAAAAGAGAUUACAGUAGGAGUGAGGACAAAACCUGAAGUCCAACCUGUGAGGCAGUCACCAACUUCUCAAGACCGAAGUAUUCAGCUAAUGCUGUUUGAGAUAGACAAAAUAUGGACUGAAGAGGAGACAAACAAAAUGGAUGAAUCUGCUCUAAUGACAGAGAUGAAAGUGAACAAUGUGCAGGAGUUUCAAAAAAUGUUGAUUAAGGCUUACACAGAAAAAGACAGACAACUGGAAAGAACUGAACAGGACUUGAGAGAGACCAGAAUGGACUUGUACAGAGUCAAAGACACACUUGGACAAUGCAAAUAAUUUUUAAUAGCCAAGAAAUGUACCCAACGUUUUUUUUUUUUUUUUUUUUUUUUUUACAAUUGAUUGAUUUUUUUUAACUAUUAAUAGUACUUUUAUUACAAUCAAUAUUUCAGAUUUAUGUUUUUCCUCCAUUUCCUACAUUAAAUAUUUCUGACGAAAUGUGAAAUUAAAAUCAAUUUACACUUAUACUUAACGUUUAUUUGUAAUUUUCUAUAAAAUAAAGCAGCUUAAUAAACGGUCA